AAUCGGCAUUCCUGUCUCAACUCACGUUUGUGAACAUUCGUUAAAAUUACUCCUAUCUUCACAAAACUUGUGAAAUUGACAUAAUAUCCAUCGUGCUGCAAUCCAGUCAGAUACAAUGGCAUUAUCCGUGUCUCUUAAAGACAUUAAACCUUCGCUGGAUCCAAAAACCAAACAAAUAUUAUACGAGAUCUGGCAGAAGGACGCUCCGAAGUUAAUGUUUGGUGAACACCAACUUUGCGUCGAAAUGAACGCAGUCGGUGAAUUUUUUGUCGAGAAAGCCAAGAAGGAGUUGCGGGAAACGCCGGAAGUUGUCGCCCAAGGUUUCAAGGAAUUGAAAGAGCUUCUUUCAGAGAAUCCUGAUCUGAAUGUACCGAGAGAUGUGGAAGACUACUUACUAGUAUUUUUACGUCCAUGCAAAUGGUAUGCGAAAAGUGCUUUCUCGCUACUAAAACGAUAUUUUCAAUACCGCCUAAACUAUCCAAACGUGUAUAAAGAUUUAACCAUCACCAAAGAUAAAACUGCAAUUUGCGCCGGUGUGAUAUAUCCACUGCCGCUUCGUACAUUUGAGGGAUGCAGAGUUAUAGUAGUCGAGGGUGGAAAACAUUGGAAUCCGAAGCAAGUGUCGACUCAUGAAUUUUUCAAAGGCGUGAUACUCAUCCUGUUCCUAGCAUUUCUCGAAUACAGAACUCAGAUCGCGGGUGUGCAUAUUAUUUUAGACGUCGGAGGUUUGUCACUCAAUCACAUCACAUAUCUUACACCGUCAUUUGCGAAAAUGUUAGUAGACUUUAUUCAGAAAUCUAUGCCCACUCGCCUCAAAGGUAUUCACAUUGUGAAUCAGUCCCGUAUCUUCAGUAUAGCAUUCGCGAUAUUCAAACCGUUCUUGGAGGAGAAGGUUCGCAGUCGGAUUCACAUUCAUGGGACAAACUGGGAAUCCUUAAUGGCUUUUGUAGAUAAGAAGGCAUUGCUCCAGAGGCAUGGAGGUGAAAUAAAAAUGGCAGAAGAACAAUACGGUGUGACGCUGUGGCAGAAUAUGCUUUGUUGCGAACCUGCCUUUUUAGCUGAACUGCAAUAUGGAUUCAAAACUGAUAAACAAUAGCUGCAGAAAGGGUCAAUACGUUUUACCAUUGACGACUAUUAUGGUCGACUAUUAUCAAUUAUAUGCUUGAAGCUGUAAUAAGAGUGUUAAAAUUAAUGGGGUCUGGUACCUGAUAAGAUGCAGCUCAAGAGUGUUACGAUAUUCUGAAAGUCGCAAUUGUGCAAAAAGGGUACAAAGUGUAUGUUACCUAAUGAUACGUAGACUUCAUCUAGUAGAUAUAGAGUUUGUAUUUAAAGAUGUAAAUAUAUUAUAUAAAUGGCCGACAGAAAAAUGUUGCAAAACUGUAAUUUAUGAAUAAAA